CAGGUCAAAGGUCACAAGAGGACGCUAGAGCGUUGGUGAUGUGCCAGGCAACAUCCCCUUGGUUUUAUACGUCCCUAAUUUUCGGGACCCCACUUCCUACAUCACAGGCCAGAAACUGAGGCCAGGGGACAUCAUUUGCCCAAGGUCACACCGCAGGCUGGGGAGAGGAACUUGACCCUGAUGAUUAUUUAAACCUUUAAGGGUUUUCUGCAGAUGUAUCGCCUGAGCUCAUCCAUGCUGACACGGGCGCUGGCCCAGGCCAUGCGCACAGGGCAUCUUAAUGGCCGAAGCCUUCAUAGCAGUGCAGUGGCAGCAACGUACAAGUAUGUGAAUAUGAAGAAGGACCAGGAGUCUGAGAUGGACUUGAAGUCCGCGACCGACAGUGCAGCUCGGAUUCUGAUGUGGACAGAGCUCUUCCGAGGACUGGGCAUGACCCUGAGUUACCUCUUUCGGGAGCCUGCCACCAUCAACUACCCCUUUGAGAAGGGCCCACUGAGUCCGCGCUUCCGUGGGGAGCAUGCACUGCGCCGCUACCCAUCCGGGGAGGAGCGUUGCAUCGCCUGCAAGCUCUGUGAGGCCAUCUGUCCUGCACAGGCCAUCACCAUUGAGGCUGAGCCACGAGCCGAUGGCAGCCGCCGGACGACGCGCUACGACAUUGACAUGACCAAGUGUAUCUAUUGUGGGUUCUGCCAGGAAGCCUGCCCAGUUGAUGCCAUUGUGGAGGGCCCCAACUUUGAGUUCUCUACCGAGACGCACGAGGAGUUGCUGUACAAUAAGGAGAAGCUACUCAACAACGGUGACAAGUGGGAGGCCGAGAUCGCAGCCAACAUCCAGGCUGACUAUCUGUACCGGUGACCAGGCCACUGCUGACCCUGGCCACCUGGCUCAGCCUUGUGGCUCCUAUAGCCCAUAAAGAAACUAUGAUCGAA